AUGAAGUUCUCUCUUGCUACUCUCGCCCUCUUCGCGGCUCCCAUCUUCGCCGCCCCGGCCAACCCCCCUAACACCGGUGAAAUCGUCACUGAUCUCGGCCCAGAGGUCAACCAGACCCUCGCCGUCACUGGCACCGACGCACAGCAACUCCUCAUCCAGCUUUCCCCUGAGGUUGCCGCUCUCGUUGACAGCCUUGGUCUCGCCAGCGUUGGCGAGCCCCUCGGCUCCGUCGUCGCCACUGCCUCCAGCGUGGGUGACCUCCUUAAGGAACUCGGUCCCAACACCGAGGGUGUCGUCGUCGUCACUGGCGAAGACGCCAAGAUCCUCCUCGUCCAACUCAGCCCUUCCGUCGCUUCUCUCGUUGCUGGCCUUCUGCCUCCCCUCGCUGUCCCCGUCGGUGCAGUUGUCACCACAGUCGGCAACCACGUCAAGCGCGCCACCGGAACUGGCAAGCUCCUCGCCGACAUUGGUACCCAGGUUGACGGUGCUCUCACCAUCGCUGGCCCCGCUACUUCCACUCUUCUCGUCCAGCUUUCUCCUGAGCUCACUGCUCUCGUCAGCGGUCUUGGUCUUCCUCCCGUCGGCACCCUUGUUGGUUCCGUCGUUGCCUCUGCCAGCUCUGUUGGUGCCCUCGUCACCGAGCUCGGUCCCGGUCUUGAUGGUCUUCUCAUCGUUGUUGAGAACGGUGUCGAAUACCUUCUUAUCCAGCUUUCGCCCGUUGUGUCCGGUCUCCUUUCCGGACUUGGCCUUCCUGCUCUCGGUGUUCCUCUCGGUGAGGUCGUCGAUGAGGUUGCCUAUCACCUUUAG